UUACCUUCACACCAAAACCAGCCAAUGCAAUCUCUCUCUACAUCUACACAACCACCCAGACUGUGGCUGCCCUCACCAAUACCUUUCCCAGCUUCUGUUUCUCUUCUUUCUUUCCAAAAAAAACCCACAGCUAGAAUGGAAUGCAAAGCCACCCUUUGGUGACCAAAACCUUACCUCCAGCUCAUUUACAUAUUGAUUAAUCCAAAGUUUUGUGUUUUUAUUUUUGAUUUUUAGUUUUUUGGUCUAUAAACAUAUAACUUUUGUAUCGACUUAUAAUUUAAGGAUGAAAUCAAGUCUAAAACUUGUUUGCUGUUAUUUCCAUAAACACUUGCGUCCACAUAUUGUUUUAAUAAGUAUAUGUAUUUGCGUAUAUAUUUAUUUAUAUAAGUUCAGACCUCCGAUCCAAAAAUGCUUGGUUCCGCCCUCCAGCUCCAAAGAUGACCGGGCGGUGUCCACAAACAUGACAAGUUGUGGCCUGACAGACGAUGGAGAUAAUUGCUGCCCACCAAUGCCUUCCACCGAGAUCAAAGACUUCAAGCUACCUUCCCAAAGCUCUCCCAUGCGUGUUAGGCCUGCCGCGCAUUUGGCUGACGAGAAAUACAUAGCCAAAUAUAAGGAGGCCAUUAGGCGCAUGAAAGCCCUCCCAGACGAAGACCCACUUAGUUUCAAACAACAAGCCAACCUUCACUGCGCCUAUUGUAACGGGGCAUACAGCCAAGUCGGUUACCCACACUGUCAGGUCCAUAUUCACUAUGGUUGGCUCUUCUUUCCGUUUCAUCGCUACCAGUUGUACUUCUUUGAGAAGAUAUUGGGCAUGUUGCUAGAAGAUCCCACCUUUGCCAUACCAUUCUGGAACUGGGACAACCCUCCUGGCAUGAAAAUGCCAGACAUGUUUGUCGAAGACUCCAACUCAAGUCUCUAUGAUGUUCUCCGCAACGCAGAUCACCUGCGAAAGGUGGUCGACUGUAAUUACAACGUCGGCGAUGAGACGUACUCAUCCCCCCAAGAAUCCCAAGAAUCCCAAGAAUCGAUCAAUCUCAAGACCAUAUACCGGCAAAUGGUGUCAAACAGCAAGAACGCUGAACUAUUCUACGGCAGCGCUUAUCGUGCCGGAGACUGUGAUGCAAGGAACGGUAGUUAUGGUGGUCCAGUCGAGAAUUGUCCUCACAAUACCAUCCACAGUUGGUGCGGUGACCCCAAGAAUGGUGAGGAGGACAUGGGGAUCUUCGCUACCGCCGCUAGAGAUCCAAUUUUUUACUCUCACCACGGCAAUGUGGACCGAAUGUGGAUCAUAUGGAGGGAGAACAUCACUACAGAUCCCGAGAAACGAAAAUGUGUCGAAGAUAGUAAAGAUUGGUUAGACGCCAACUUUAUCUUCUACGAUGAAAAUCGUCAACCUGUUCGUGCUUAUGUAAGGGACUCCCUUGACUAUGAAAAGCUGGGAUAUGUUUAUGAAAAAGUGGAUAUUCCAUGGUUUAAUGAAAAGCCAACUCCUCGCAAAUCCAAGAAAUCCAAGAAACCUGCGGUUGAGUUUCCAGUUGUUUUGGAUAAGGUGAUAAGCGCUGUUGUCGCUAGGCCCAACAAUUCGACAAGAAGAGAUGACAAGGAAGAGGUGUUGGUGAUUGAAGGCAUCGAGUUUGAGAAAGAUGAGGCGGUGAAGUUUGACGUACAUAUUAAUGAUGACGAAGACUCUCCUUGUGGGCCAGAAAACACGGAAUUUGCAGGAAGCUUUGUGCACGUGCAGCAUUCUCACACGCAUGGGAAGAAGAAGACGAAGAAGAUGAAUAGCGCCCUGAGAUUAGGGAUCACUGACUUGUUGAAGGACUUGGAAGCUGAUGGUGAUGACACGGUGCUUGUGACUUUAGUGCCUCGGAAAGGACUGGUUACCAUUCGUGGAAUUGUGAUUGAGCUUAUUUCUUGCUCGGGAAAAUAACGUUUCUCUUUCAUUUUGAAAUAGAUAAUAUUCGAUUAGUGUAUUUUAGAAAGAUAAAAUUGUCAAAAAAAAAAAAAAAUGACAAUUUUAUUCUUAUAAAAAACAUUAAUAGAAUACUAUUAAUUUCAUUUGAAAUGAAAAUGAUCUAAUUCCUCUUAGCUUGGGAAAACGUGGCAAGUUCACAAUCCUCCUCAAGCUAGGAUAAUUAGUAAUCCUAGCUAGUUUUCCUCUGCCAAGUUGAGUCCUAGUAGGAGUCGUGUUAAGUAAGGUGUGUCUUACUAUUAGUAGGUUCUAUAUUCCAAUGAGGGAUUACUCAAUACCUGGAGAGUACUUCUAUUCCAACUAGUAUUACGAGUAGUCCUUGGGUAAGUUGUAAUAGUAUCUCUAUGUGAACGCUGUUGUUAUGAAAUGAAGGCAGAGCAGAAUUAAUCUAAA